AUGGAAUUCUUAUUAUUUAGUAAAUAUCUCAUUUUAAUUCUUCUUCUUCUUAUUAACAAUAUUCAACAAAUUUCAACAGUUCCAUUAGUAUUGGACGAUCCAUCUUCAUUGUACAAUGCAACCGAUAAAUUAACUGUUCUUAAUUAUGAAAAUUUUGCAUCAAUAGUUUAUCGAUCUAAAACAGCAUGGCUCAUUGAAUUUUAUGCUAGUUGGUGUGGUCAUUGUCGAUCUUAUGCCAAUACUUAUCGGGAAAUUGCUAUUAAUGCUUGGACAUGGAAAACAGUUGUUCGUAUAGCUGCAAUAAAUUGUAAUGCAGGAAAUUUAAAUCUAUGUCGUUCGCAUGGUGUUCACGGUUAUCCAACAAUAAAAUUAAUACCACCUGGAGCAGAUUUUGAUAAUGUAACUAAAUCAGUUACUCUUUCUCCAGAUGAUGCUAAAGAUGUUACAACAGAACUUCUAACAAAACUUGGCGAUAUACAUAAAAAAUAUAAAUCAUGGCCACGCUUUACACCUGUUAAUCGAGUUAUAUUUGAAGAACUUUAUGCACGUGUUCCAUCAACAACUAAACUUCUUUUAGUAAUCGCUGAGAAACGUGAUGAUUUGACUGGUAGACAAAUAAUGCUUGAUUUUUCUCAAUAUCAUGAACAAUUAUCUAUUUUUCGAACGACUACCGAUGGAAUAUUAUGGCGUAAAUUUCAUCUUAAUCUAACAGAUGUACCAGCUUUAUUUGUUAUUUUACAUAAUCGAAGUGCUGAACGAAUCUAUGUUCAACAAAAUAUAGGUAAUGAACUCGAUAAUCGUAAUUUAUUUCAUUCUACUAUUCAAUCAUAUAUUGAUAAAACAAAAUCUAUCACUGAUUUUGAUGAUCAUGAAUAUGAAGAAAUGAUGACAAGUUUAUAUAAACUUAAAUCAAAAGAAAUAGAACGAAAACGUGUUAAAGAACAAAAUUCAAUAGAUAAUGAUAUUGAUAAAAAUACAGUUCAUCGUAAAGUAAAUAUGGUUGAUCUUGAAUUAGCUUUAUCUCAUAUUAUUCGACAAGAAAUACCUCAAAUGAAAAAAAUUCAAGGUGAAGCAUACACUGCACUAGUACAAUGGCUAACUGUACUCGUUAAGUAUUUUCCUGGUCGUGAACCAGUUAUGAAUUAUCUUAAACAUUUAUUAUCUAAAGUAAAUGAACAGUCAACUGAUUUUAGUGGAGAUAAAUUUCAACAAAUAGCAAAUAUAAAAACGUCCGAUGCUUAUUUACCAAUUACUUAUGUUAAAUAUCAACAUUGUGCAGGAUCUACUCCACAAUAUCGUGGUUAUACAUGUGGACUUUGGUUACUUUUUCAUACUUUAACUAUUUCACAAUUUGAACAAAAAUCUCAACAAAUUAAUAUUCCUGAAAUUCCAAAAGCUAUCAAAGGUUAUAUUCAAUAUUUUUUUACUUGUCAACAAUGUCGUGAUAAUUUCAUGAAAGAAACUAGUAAUAUAAAUCAACUUAAUACAAAAACUAAAUACGAAGCAGUUAUGUAUCUAUGGACAAUUCAUAAUAAUGUAAAUAAACGUUUACGUGGUGAUGUAACUGAAGAUCCUAAAUAUCCAAAAGUGCAAUUUCCAAGUAAAUAUCUAUGUCCACAAUGUCAAAUCAUCAAUGCUAAUGCAUAUGAUGUUGAAAAUACGAUUAAUUUUCUUGUUCGCUAUUAUUCCGAGAAAAAUAUCGAUUCAACACUAGUAUUAAACGAAUCUCAGGAUAAUGAAAAUGUACAAAAUCGACAAGAUUAUAUUAUUUCAAAAGUAGAAUCUCAUAAUGAAACAAGAGAUCAUUUUAAUCUAUUUCCGAUUUUUCCUUCAACUAUACCAAGUUUUCCUUUGUAUUCUUUUAUUGUAUUUAUUGUUGUUGUUGGUCUAUUACGUUAUCGAUAUUGCAAAGCAAAACGAAAACGGUAUACACUUUAA